AUGGUCCGUAACGUGGCAUCCAUGCAGUCCCUCCGCGACGAGAUGAACCACUUCACCACCGGCUCGCAGCCUGUGCCAUCCCAUAACACACCCGAGCCUCCACUUCAGAGACUCGAUGCUUCUGGAGCGACGAUGCAGCUCUGUGGCGAUGACACGUACACGAAAAGUCUCAUGCAGAAAGUAGCCUCAGGCCAGGCUACGGACGAGGAAACGGCUGCAUUCAACAAACAUGUCAACCAGGCACGAUCGCUGCCUUCGAUACAGAACCUUUUGCAGCGUCCUGAGGAGGCAAGCUCUUCGGUGUCCCCGGGCUUAUCGUCGGAUACGUGGAGAUUCCUCCAGUCUGCUGAGAGCAAAGAGAUAGCCGAUAAGAUGAUGGCGCGAACGGAACAAGGCGAUGCGAGCGCUAGGUUUUGUCCAGGCCUGCCUGCAAGGCAUAAGCUACCACAGAACAACGAGGCCGGCGCAGAUGGGGGACCUUUACUGCUGGGCCUACCAAAAGACCUUGGUGAUCGUAUCAAGCAAGCGGAGGCACUCCUCAAACAAGAACACCGAGCAGGGAAAUCCCAGGAAACAGAGAUGAAGCGGAAGGAGUUCUACAAUAUGGAUCCACCAGCGCCCGGCGUCCCUGCAAGAAUCAAGCUCCCGGAGAACUUCAACCCGCGCGAGCAUGAGUACAACUCUCUGCCCGACUACGAGCAGCAGCUCAGAAUGCUCGAAGCUCACAACAAGAAGCGGCUGGUCCAGGCGCGAGCCACUGACCCAGCUUAUAACGAACACGUUCAAAGGUUCGAAGAGCAGUGUAGGCAGAAACGCUUCGAUAUGCACCUGCUAGAUGGCGCGAUACCGUUAUCUGCGGACAAGUCUGCUGUGCUCGAAGAGGCAUUGAGGCUUGCUGUCGAGAAAGAGCAGCGCGAUACCCAACAUGGUCCCUCGGAGUCAAGCUUCGAGAGCGACCCCGUCCCAGGCUACGACAAGCAUGGAAGGCCGUUGGCUAAUGUCGACGAAUGGCUACAGCAUCGCGAUGAGUGCAGGACCGACGCCGAGAAGAGGCGGACUAGGAAGGCAAAGGGUCUCGCAGCUACUCACGCUGCGAAUGAAGAGGCACUUCGCUUCAAGCAGGCAACGCGCGAGAAUGCUGCUAAGUACACGAAGCCUUUCUGCGAAUUCUUGACAGAGAAUCCGACGGUGUUCCAUGCUGUGGAUGCCAUGAAACAGCAACUGAAGCAAAAGGGGUGGACUGAGUUGUCGGAGCGGGAGUCUUGGGACAUCAAGCCCGAAGGAUACUACUUUAUCGAGCGAAAUGGUUCAUCAUUGAUUGCUUUCGCGGUUGGUGCAAAGUACAAGCCCGGGAAUGGCUCAGCCAUCCUAGCGGGCCAUGUCGAUGCUCUCACUGCGAAGGUCAAGCCAAUCUCACAAGUGCCUAACAAAGCAGGCUACCUGCAGCUCGGUGUUGCGCCUUAUGCUGGCGCGCUGAACAGCACCUGGUGGGACCGCGAUUUGAGCAUUGGUGGCCGCGUCCAUGUCCGCGAUGGCGACAAGAUUGUUACGAAGCUUGUCAAGCUCGACUGGCCGAUCGCACGCAUUCCAAGUCUUGCUCCGCACUUCGGAGCUGCCGCCGCUGGACCUUUCGACAAGGAAACGCAAAUGGUACCCAUCAUUGGCUUGGACAGUAGCGACUCCCGUACAUUCGGGACAUACGGUGAUGAAGAUGGUUACAGCCAGCCUCCGCUGAUUGGCAGCAUGGGAGGCAAGGUCGGGCACUUUGUCGAAACCCAGCCUCCGGCUCUUGUCAAGGUCAUUGGCGAAGCGCUUGGUCUCAAUGCAAGCAGCUACACGGACAUUGUCAACUGGGAGCUCGAGCUUUUCGAUCUGCAGCCAGCUACCGUUGGUGGACUUAACAAAGAGUUCAUCUUCGCCGGUCGUAUCGACGACAAGCUCUGCUCCUGGGCUGCGCUCCAGGCUCUGAUUGAGAGCCAGAAGAAUGACACAGCACACAGCAGCAUCAUCAAAGUCGUCGGCCUUUUUGACGACGAAGAGAUCGGCUCCCUACUCCGGCAAGGCGCAAAGGGUAACUUCCUUCCCUCGACCAUGGAGCGUGCAGUCGGCUCACUUGCAGGCCACUACCCAAAUUCCGACUUGAUGGGACGCACCUAUGCAAACUCCUUCAUGGUCUCUUCGGACGUCACUCACGCUGCCAAUCCCAACUUCCUCGGCGCAUACCUCGAGAACCACGCACCACACCUGAAUGUCGGGCUCGCAAUCGCUGCCGACUCAAAUGGGCACAUGACGACCGACAGCGUCUCGACAACGAUCUUGAAGCGCUGUGCGGAUAAGGUUGGGGCAAAGUUGCAGGUCUUCCAAAUCAGGAAUGGAACUCCUUCGGGCGGCACUGUUGGACCUAUGCUAAGCUCGGCAAUUGGUGUGAGGAGUAUUGAUGCUGGAUUGGCGCAGUUGAGUAUGCAUUCUAUAAGGGCCACGACUGGUGCGUUGGACCCGGGACUUGGCGUCAUCAUGUUUGCAGGAUUCUUGAAUGGGUUCGAGGGGGUGGACAAAGAGUUUCAAGGCUAG